CUCAAUUCCCCAGUCCACCUUUUUUUCUUUUUCACUAUUUAUCUCGAGAUCAUGGCCGCUACCAUACCGCAACAUCUCCAGAUCAUCAACACCUCAUACCCCGCCCAGGAUCGCGGCCAUGAUGCCGACAGCGACGGCCCUCUGUUCAGUCGCUUCUCCCAGCUCCCACCCGAGCUGCGGCUGCGCAUCUGGCAUUCCUCGCUCGAGGACCACCGCCGCUGGCUAAAGAUCGACAUCGCCACCGGGCCCCUGGCCCCUCCGGUCCUGUACACCCCUCCAGCCGCCGCAGCCGCCCCCGAGAUCCCGGCGUACUCGACGCGCAACCAGCUCGGCAACGUGAUCAGCGGCCGCAGCUACAUCGCCAGCACGCGAGGCCUGCAGCUCCACAGCAAGCUGCUGCGCACCAGCCGCGAGGCCCGGGGGGCGGCGCUGCGGUUCUACCGCGUCCACAUCCCGCUGCACUUUUGGGCGGAUCCUGUCGACAGGUACCUGCCCCUCACCACGCUCGACAGGCACGUGCCCGUGCUGAGGGGCACGCUGUACUCGAAUCCCGAGCACGACGUCGUCCAGCUCAGCUCGACGGCCCGCGGCGACGCGGACGACCAACAUCCGCUCCUGGACUUUAUCCACGACCUGAAAGCUUACGACCCGCGAGGGAUUGGGAUUUGCAAUUUGGCGCUGGGCAGCUGCGGCAUGAGGGACCUGCACUCCCUCGCGAAGCAGCGCCUGGAUGCCCCCGCGGUGGAUGCAUUCGUCGACUGCGUUUCGCGGCUGCAGGGCAUCAUCUGGAUGGCCGAGUCCUUUUCCGGUCGGGCCUUUGUGGGGUGGAGGCUGAGUCUGCCUCGUGCCGGCGUUCAUUUCAACCAUUCAAUGCCCAUCAGAGGCGCCAGCCCCCGAUUCGACCUCGUCGGCCGAGACCCUCGGCCGGUCGGCCCUGAGCUGAAACACGUCGUGACCACCAGCACCAACCCUCGGCAAAUGCACAUCUGGUGGCAUGAACUGCUAGAAAGGUGGGAAAUCCGCCCAGUUCGGCCCAUCAAGGAGCGGGUUCUUUUUGCUCACAGGACAGAUUGGCCCAGUGCAAAAGGUGAAGUAUGGGAUGCACAAUCGGCCCAUGACUUUCUCAAGGAGGAAGAGAACAGCUGGAUCAAGAGCCAGUUGAGCCAGCAUGGUUUCAUCCGGCAACUUGCUGGAAGGGUCCCGAUUGAAGGCCCAAAUGAGCUUGCGAAUGCCACCAGGCCGGCCGUCGGGUUCUGGCUAUUUCCCGUGGAAGCUUUGGGAGACGAUGGUGAAAGAGUCGUCGAUGGGACGCCUAGGAGGAUGUUUGACCUUACGGGCCAUUGGCCAGAACUAGCACUGUCACGCCUCUGGUGAACAGGUCCCUAGUUUGCCUGGUUACCGAAGAAGCCGCUUUUUGGCUAAACCAGCAUGGAAUAAGCGUGCAAGGCCUCGAAUACAUUGCGUUCCCCAAACGCUUCAAGACAUCCGGUCCCUCAAGAGCCAUAAUGCGUAGUACGGAGAGAUGGCGGAACAUUUUUAUCAACUUUCCCGGGGACAUGCGCCGACCACAAAGCACUGAAGGCAGCGCUCCUAGACACCAAGUUGCAGGCUGCUGACAGCUGCCUAUUCAGCAGCGAAAAGUGAUGCGCAACACCAGUCGACACAUUUUGGAUUUAUUUUCCUGGUCAUUGUAACUGUUUGGAACAAUGGCACAAUUGAUUCAGGGUGCGGCAUAGAUACGUUCGUUGUGCAGUGAGGCCAGGGUGCGUAUUUG